AUGGCGGAAGAUGAGAACGAAGACAUCCAGGAGCGCCUCAAGGCCGCGCUCUGGUUCGCCAUAGGCAAGAUGGUCGAUGAGGAGUCGAUGAGGCGCAACAGGAAUGCAACUCCCCAGUUCAUCGGCGCCCUCACCGAGAUGGUCUGGGCGCAGAUUGGUCAGUCCUGUGCCCUUAACAUCCCUGAAGAAAACGUGGCGAUUGACUUGGAGAGUUUCAGCAAGCAUGCUGGCAGAACCACAGUCACAACUGAUGACGUACUCCUGCUAGCUCGCAGGAAUCAGGAUCUUCACGGCAUCAUCAAAGAGUUCGUUGAUGAGCAAAAGGCUGCAAAGGUCACGAAGGGCAAGGGAAGAGCUUGA